AUGUCUGACUCAGUAGCCGAGACUGAAAGCUAUAUCAGCGAUUCCUCUAUUCCUACUUUUAUGUUAGAUUACUUUGACACCUAUGAAAGAUUGACGGAUAUAAUAAAGGAAAUUGAGACUAGCUCGGAUGUUCUCCGAACAGCACGAGCUGUUCGACUUACAUAUCGCUUGAGGAAGAAGCUGACGUCACAAUGUAUAAUAAAAAAUGUUCUGGAUUUUGCUGUUCCGAAGAAUUCUAUGCUGAAUGCUGGACUAUCUGCAUAUCUUUCUCCCGAAGCAACCAUACAAAGUCAGGAUGAUGAGGAGGAUGGGGAAGAUGAUAUUGCAGCAUCUGUUCUUGCACUUCAUGCUGUAGAAUUUCCGCCAGAGCUCGAGUUUUACUGUUACUUUCUCGUGCUGAUAUUUCUGAUUGAUCAGGGAAAAGAUCUUGAGGCUAAAGAUUGUUCCACCGAUGGCCUUUAUCGAUUGAUGACCAUGGGCCUAAACGGACUAGAGCUUGCAACUGUUGGUGUGCUAGCACAUAGGUUGUACUUCUAUUUCUCGUAUACCCAUGAGGUCUUGGAUGUUGAUCUAGCUGAAAUUCGUUGGUGCCUCUUUAAGUUGCAUCACAUUGCCAUUAUGGUCCAUGAUGAGCUGGGACAGGAAACACUGAUCAAUCUGUUGCUUCGUAAUUACCUGCAUUACAAGCUAUAUGACCAAGCAUGGAAGUUGAUGUCAAUGGCACCAAAUUCUCAACCACGCUCAACUCAGCAGCUUUGUCGAUACUUGUUUUAUCGUGGAAAGAUUCGGACAAUUCAACUGGAGUAUACUGAUGCAAAAGAGAGUUUACUGCAAGCUGCUCAGAUAGUUCCUGUUUCAGCUCGUGGCUUUCUAAUUCAAUGUAACAAGUGGGCUGUCCUAGUUCGUUUACUGUUGGGAGAAAUACCUGAGAGGACAAUCUUUAUUCGGAGUGGAAUGCAGGGGGCUUUGAGGCCAUACUUCGAGCUUACAAAUGCUGUACGAAUUGGUGACCUGGAGCUGUUUAGUAAUGUAGCAGAAAGGUUUGCUGGCAUUUUCAAAUCAGACAGAACAAACCAUGUGAUUUUUCGACUACGACAUAGUGUCAUCAUGGUUGGAUUGCGAAACAUCAGCAUCUCUUAUUCCCGCAUCUCACUUGCAGAUGUUGCCAAUAAAUUGAAGAUGCAUUCCACAACCCACGUUGCAGAUGUCGAAAGCAUCGUAGCAAAGGCCAUCCGAGAUGGAAUAAUUAACGCUAUAAUCGAUCAUGCAAAUGGUUGGUUGGUAUUGAAGAAGACUGAAGACAUUUACUCUACAGCCGAGCCACAGGCUGCCUUCACUUCGAGGAUUGCUUUCUGUCUUAACUUGCACAAUAAGGCUGUCCGGGCCUUGCGCUUACCAAAGAGGAGGAUAGUCCUGAGAAGAGGGAAAAAGCAAGUCAAGUACUGUAUGGAGAAUUACUUGAACAAUUAG